AUGGAAACGGUCUGUCCGCGAGACAUUUUAACCCUCCGCAGAGACCCAGAUAACCCGAGCGAGGACCCACCGGCUCCGGGCGCGCGGCGCGGCCCGCCGCUGCCCGCGAGCCACGGCCGCCGCCUGCUGGUGACAAGUUUCGCUGUGCGCUCCACUGUCGUCUCCCGCUACGCCUCCACCUGGGUCCGCUGCGCCAUGCGCAACCCCCAUGCCAGCCCCCGUGAAGCCACUUUCGACCUAGACCUACCCGCCGCUGCCUUCAUCUCCAACUUCACCAUGACAGUCAAUGGCAAGGGCUACGUGGCAGAAGUGAAGGAGAAGCAGCACGCUCAGAAGCUGUAUGAGGAGGCCCGCCAGCGCGGCAAGACAGCAGCUCAUGUGGGCACCAGGGAGCGGGAGACAGAGCGAUUCCGGGUCUCAGCCAGCAUGGCCGCAGGUGGCACCGUGGCUUUUGAGCUGCACUAUGAGGAGCUGCUGCAGCGGCACCUGGGGCACUACGAGCAUGCCGUCAGCAUCCGUCCCGGCCGGGUGGUGGCCAACCUCAGUGUGGAGCUGAGCAUCGCUGAGCGCGCCGGCCUCGGCUUCGUCCGCGUGCUGCCCCUGCGCACUAGCCGCCUGCUCACCAAUGCCCUCCGAGGGGAGGCCACCCUGCCACCCUCUACGAGGGUGGAGAAGGGCACCCACUGUGCCUGGGUCCUCUUCGCCCCUAGCCUUGAAGAGCAGGCAGCCUUCUCUGAUGCCGGCAUUGCUGCUGAUUUUGUGGUGCAGUACGACGUGUCCCGGCAGGACAACACUGGUGAUGUGCAGAUGUACGAUGGCUACUUUGUGCACUUCUUCGCACCUGGGGGGCUGCCCCCAAUCCAGAAGGAGGUCAUCUUCAUCAUUGAUGUCAGUGGCUCCAUGACUGGCACCAAGAUGAAGCAGACCAAGGCAGCCAUGCGCACCAUCCUCCGGGAGCUGCACACCCGUGACUGUUUCAACAUCGUGGCCUUCUCAGAGAACAUCAGCGUGUGGCAGGCGGAUGGCUCCGUCCCAGCCACAGCGCCCCACAUCCGCAGUGCCACGCACUAUGUUGACAGCCUGCAGGCCGAGGGCUGGACCGACAUCAACAGAGCCCUGCUGACGGCCGCCUCCGUGCUGAACCGGACCCGCAUGGUGGAGCCAGGCCGCAGUCGCCUCCAGAUGCUCAUCUUCCUGACGGAUGGUGAGGCCACGGCAGGGGUGACAGCAGGCACCCGCAUCCUAGCCAACACCCGGCACGCCCUGGGCGGCGCCGUCUCCCUCUUCGGCCUGGCCUUUGGCGCAGACGCUGACUUCGGGCUGCUGCGCCGCCUGGCCCUGGAGAACCGUGGCAUUGCCCGGCGCAUUUAUGAGGACGCCGAUGCUGCCCUGCAGCUGGCUGGCUUCUAUGAUGAGAUCGCCAGCCCCCUGCUCCGCGAUGUGGAGCUCUCCUACCCAGGCCAGGCAACUCGCCAGCUCACCCGCAACCUCUUCCCCAACUACUUCCAGGGCUCUGAGCUGGUGGUGGCUGGCUGGGUGCCACCGGGGGCAGCCCAGCUCCACAUCCGUGCCACGGGCCAGGGCCAGGAGGGACUGCUCCGCCUGGAUGGCGAGGUGGCUGCCAAUGCCACCGAACUGCCGCCUGGCUGCUCCCUGGACCCUGUGCUCAUCGGUGCAUUCGUCCAGCGCCUUUGGGCCUAUUUCACCAUCCAGGACCUGCUACGGGCCCGCUUCCGUGCUAACGACACGGCUGCCCACCGCCUGCUCACCGACCGGGCCACCAACUUAUCCCUUGAGUACCAUUUCGUCACCGCCGUCACCUCGCUGGUGGUGGUCAUGCCAGAGGAGGAGGAGGAGGGCCCCACGGCCACCCCCUCUGCCGAGUCCAGCACCACUGUGGUCGCAUCAGGCAGCAUCACUGCGCUGUGGCCGGCCACCACCAUGCCAGCGAGCCAGCCCAAAGCCAUGUGUACCACCGGGGACGAGCCAGCAUGGUCCCCGGUGACUGGCACCGCAGCCCCGGUCCUCGGCUCUGUGCCGCCAGGCCUCCGGCGGGGCCCUGGGAACACCGUGCUGCUGCCGCCGGACGAGGCUGAGCUGCUUUCGCCUGGAGCCGGGGCCGCACAGUUCAUGGAGUCCCUCGACCCACCAGCUGUCUACACCAUCCUCCCGGCUGGAGGGCUGCUGGACCAUGAGGACAAUGCAGAUCCUAUGGGCAAGAACAAGGACAAGGAUGAUGUGGCUGCCUCUGGCCCCACCUUCCUCACCUUCUCUGCCUCUGCUGACGGUGACCCCCACUUUGUCGCCCACCUGCUGGGGGCAGCGCAGCCCCUCUGCUUCACGCUGGACGGGCGCCCGGGGGACGUUGUACGCCUGGUGACCGACCCUUGGCACGGGCUGACAGUCAACGGGCGCCUGGUGGGGGCCCCGCCGUGGCCCGGCGCCCCGCGCUACCCCCGCACAUUCUUCGACACCUUUGCCGUGGUGCUGGCCCUCCCAGGCGCCCCGGCUGCCGCUGUCACCGUCACGCUGUGGGGUGUCACCGUCCGCGGGGAGCCGCCGCUCUUCCUGCCCUUCUCCCGCCCAGCUCGGCUGGCCCGGCCCCCGCUGGUGCUGGCUGUGGGGCCGGGGGGCCGCCUCCACCUCCGCCUGGGCCCCCACCUGGCUGCUGUGGUGCUGCGGCACCGCUACAGCCACGCCAGCGCCCUGCAGCGUGACCACCUGGGCUUCUACGUGGCUGACGGCCGCGGGCUGUCCCUUGAUGCUGGCGGGCUGCUGGGCCUCUUCCGUGGCGCCGGCCUGCGGCUGUCGCGGGGGCCACCGGCUGCCUGGCUGCGCAGCACUGGGGCGGCGGUGCCGGCCACGCUGGUCACCAAGGCGCUCCAGGGCUCCCGGGGCCCGGCCCAGCCUUCCCCCUGCUGGCUCGUGAAGCGCCCCGAUGUGCCAGCACUCCUGGGGGGCCCCUACACAGCCUUCCUCGCCUCCCACCUCCUUGAGGCCUGAGGAAGGCCACAGGGGAGCCCCGCCGCUGGACCCCUACAUCCCUGGGGCGCAACUGGAGCCUGGGGA